AUGGCCGGGGUCCGCAGGCUGGAGCUGGAGGAGGCGCUGGCGCUGGGGCCCAACUGGCGGCACGCGUGCCACGCUCUGCUCUACGCGCCCGACCCCGGGCUGCUCUUCCGCCGCAUCCCGCUGCGUUACGCUGUCCUGAUGCAGAUGCGCUUUGACGGACGUUUGGGCUUCCCCGGCGGUUUCGUGAAUUUGCGGGAUGGCAGCCUGGAGGAUGGGCUGAACCGCGAGCUGAGCGAGGAGCUGGGCGAGGCCGCGGCCGCCUUCCGCGUGGAGCGCGCCGACUACCGCAGCUCGCACGCGUCCUCCAGCCCGCAGGUCGUGGCCCAUUUCUAUGCGAAGCCUCUGACCCUGGAGCAGCUGACUGCGGUGGAGAGAGGCGCCCCGCACGCCCCGGACCACGGGCUGGAGGUGCUGGGCCUGGUGCGGGUGCCCCUGUAUACGCUGCGGGAUGGUGUGGGAGGCCUGCCUGCCUUCCUGGAGAAUACCUUUAUUGGAACUGCACGGGAGCAGCUGCUGGAGGCCCUCCGGGACUUGGGAUUGCUGGAAUCUGACUCUGUUUUCAAGCUUUAAGAUCUCAGCUCUGAAACAGACUGAGGGAAUCUCAGAGGGAAGGCGGGGGUGGGGGAGUGAGUGGG